GAGAGAGAGCGCGGCCAGGAAGCAGUGGGAGUGUGAGGAGAUUGGUAGUAGGGUGGGAUUUGGAGAGGAGGGGCCAGGGGGACGUCAGGGGAUUUUAGCUAUGAGUCAGGGUAUCCAGAAUUUUACAUUUACACACCGCUGCGUUUGCUGCUCUGACUUUCUUGCUUACACUUCUGUGUCAUUCAUUUCCAUGUGCGCAUAAUAUGCUAUGUGCGAUAAAUGUAUAACCCGGCACUUUAUCGUAUUCUGCAGAUUGCUAUCUCGCCCAUUGACUAGUGGACACACGUCACACAUGCAAUAGAGUAUUCGAGACCUGAGGGGUGAGAAGUCCAUAGAAAGGGUUGCGUUGUGGGAGUACAGGUUGCCUUGCUCUUGUCUAUGGAGCACACAGAAGUCUUUAGACGUGUGUAUUCCCGUGUGGCGUAGCAGACUGAUGCAUUCCUUUAUGCAGGUGUGUUAUCCACUGGUGUUUAUAUCACGCUGCUAGGUACAAAAGGGGUACAGGCAUUUAUAAUGGGGAAGAAAUUGCUUCUAAACUACUUUGGCUGUAUAUUUAUUUUGGUCCUGAUACCCUUAGUAUUUAGUGAGUCUAACUAUCCUCCUGAAUCUGCUCACCCUGGCAUAACUGAUGCCUAUGAUUCCCCCGAGGAUACCCGCCAUGAACUCUAUGAUCGCACCAAUCACAGUCAUGGAGGGCAUCAUGGAAAAAAGAAAGCCUUCCCUGUCCUUGAUCUGGAUUACACUCGUAUUCGAAUGCCCUUUGAGAUAGCACUAUGGAUCCUUCUGGCAUCACUUAUGAAACUUGGGUUCCAUGUGAUCCCCACAUUAUCCAGCGUGGUCCCUGAGAGCUGCUUGUUGAUCGUUGUGGGCCUUCUUGUGGGUGGUCUUAUCAAGGCAGUUGGAGAAACGCCACCUGUAUUAAAAUCUGAUGUGUUCUUCCUGUUUCUGCUGCCCCCAAUUAUCCUGGAUGCUGGGUACUUCUUACCACUGCGCCCUUUCUCUGAGAAUUUGGGAACUAUCUUGAUGUUCGCAGUGGUAGGUACACUCUGGAAUGCCUUCUUUUUAGGCUCACUUCUGUUUGGUGUGUGCCAGAUUGGUGGGGAGGACCUUAGGAGUGUGGGCCUCCUGGCCAACUUGCUCUUCGGCAGUAUAAUUUCAGCAGUGGACCCAGUGGCUGUUCUGGCAGUUUUUGAGGAGAUCCACAUCAAUGAGCUGCUCCACAUUCUGGUGUUCGGGGAGUCAUUGCUUAAUGAUGCUGUCACUGUGGUCCUGUACCACCUCUUUGAAGAGUUUGCUGACCUGGAGCAAAUCACAUUUCGUGAUAUCUCACUAGGCAUCUUGAGUUUCCUAGUGGUGGCCCUGGGAGGAUUGUUUGUUGGUUUGGUGUAUGGAGUAAUCGCUGCUUUUACCUCCCGUUUCACCUCCCACAUCCGUGUCAUUGAGCCGCUAUUUGUUUUCCUCUGUAGUUACAUGGCAUAUUUGUCAGCAGAACUCUUCCACCUCUCAGGCAUCAUGGCUCUUAUUGCCGCUGGAGUUGUAAUGAGACCCUAUGUUGAAGCCAACAUCUCCCACAAGUCCCAUACGACCAUCAAGUACUUUCUUAAGAUGUGGAGCAGUGUGAGCGAAACCCUUAUCUUCAUCUUCCUUGGGGUCUCAACUGUGGCUGGACCUCAUAAAUGGAAUUGGCCUUAUGUCAUCAGUACACUCAUCUUCUGUUUUGUAGCCCGUGUUCUUGGUGUCUUGGGCCUAAUAUGGUUCAUGAACAAAUUCCGUAUAGUGAAACUAACUCCCAAGGACCAGUUUAUCAUUGCAUAUGGAGGUUUAAGAGGAGCUAUUGCUUUUUCGCUGGGAUACCUCCUGGAUGAUAAUCACUUCCCUAGAGAAAUGUUCCUAACUGCAAUCAUCACAGUGAUAUUCUUUACAGUCUUUGUGCAGGGCAUGACUAUUCGACCACUGGUAGAGCUGCUGGCUGUGAAGAAGAAGCAAGAAUCUAAGCGAUCAAUAAAUGAAGAGAUACACACUCAGUUUUUAGAUCACCUUCUGACUGGUAUAGAGGAUAUCUGUGGUCAUUAUGGCCACCACCAUUGGAAAGACAAAUUGAACCGCUUUAAUAAAACUUAUGUGAAAAAGUGCCUUAUUGCUGGAGAAAGAUCUACCGAACCACAACUUAUUGCCUUCUACCACAAGAUGGAGAUGAAGCAGGCAAUUGAGCUGGUGGAAAGUGGUGGCAUUGGAAAAAUCCCCUCCACAGUAUCUACUGUGUCAAUGCAGAAUAUUCAGCCUAAACCCAAACUGUCCGAUAGAAUCAUCCCAACUCUGUCUAAGGGAAAAGAAGAGGAAAUUCGCAAAAUCCUACGAACUAAUCUUCAGAAGACACGACAGCGGCUACGGUCAUAUAACCGUCACACUUUGAUGGCUGACCCAUAUGAAGAAGCCUGGAACCAGAUGUUACUGCGAAGACAAAAAGUUCAUCAAAUGGAGCAGAGGGUGACCAAUUACUUGACUGUUCCUGCACACAAGCUGGAUUCCCCUACCAUGUCAAGAGCCCGAGUUGGCUCAGACCCCCUUGCCUAUGAACCCAAACCAGAUUCUGAGAAUAUCCCAACAAUCACUAUUGAUCCAGCAUCGCCAGAAUCGGUGGAUACGGUAAAUGAAACACAGGAAGAGGAAGAAGAGGCAGGGAUCACUAUGACAGUACCAGAGCCCCAUUCACCUGGUGCUGAUGAUGUAUUUAUUCCCCAAGAAAGCCCCAACUCUCAGCGUCUUCAACGCUGUCUGAGUGACCCAGGACCUCACCCAGAGGAGAUUCAGCCUUUCAUCCCUAAAAAAGAAUAAUGCAAUUGACCUAUAGACUGUGUAAGACACAGAAACAUGUGUAUGAAAGGGAGCAUUUAAUUAUUAUCUACAAGUUGCCAUCUUCUUGCACUGCUGGAAAAGCAAAGGGUUUUAUAUCAUCUCUUCUUUUCCUUUCCUGGCUCCAAUCUGCUCUCUCUUUCCUAAUCAUUCCUUUUACAUUCCCCCUUCUUUUUCUUUCCCAUUCCGUUCAUUUACGUAAGUUUUUUUUUUUACAUUUAUAACCAAAGAAUAUAUUGUAAAUUUUAUUGAGUUAAAUGGAUUUGUCCUGUUUUAAUGCUGUAUACACCUGGUGGUGGACAAGUACCCUACAGUGAUAUAUAUAUAUAUAUAUAAUGUUGGACAUUGGCGCACUGCAAUGUGUUUUUAGUAGCCAAAACUUGUAGGGCAACAAUGCUAGAAUCUAUUCUUCAUUGUCCUAUUUGAAAAUCACCUAGUCCAUGUGCUUUUAGAUGAGUGAACAUGUCUUUUCAAGUGAUUGAUCUAGAGGGCAUUUGGAAAUGGGUUGGAUAAUAAAAAUGCAACAGGGAAAUGCCUCAAAUCCCACAGGUGCCUUUGCCCUUAAGAGAAUCAUUGCAAAACACAUGCAUCGCUCUGAAGCUCAUACUGGAAGAUGCACUUAUAAAUAAAAAUAACAAUAAAUCACCCACUAAAAACAGAUGCCUCAUGAUAUCAUACAAUAGCAUGUGGGUUGUUGCUUACAGAAUACUUUAUAUGGAUGAGAAUUGCUAAAGUACAGAGACAGAAUGAAGUUCAUCUACUUGUAUCAUCAGACAAAGACCAAGAGCGCUUACUUAGCCAAGUGGUGCUCUAGUCAAGUAUCUGUAAGCAAUCUCAGCAUAUGUACACAAUACCCUAGCACCAGCCCUAGAGAUAGAGCAAUCAUACUAAAUAACCAGUGCUAUCUCUGGCUGUAGUUUCUCCAAGCUUGCCUUUUGAGACCCUAGUAGCUGUAGGGUUUACCAUAGAUCCAGAACUAUAUUAAGUGAGCUGUCCACUGAAAAAUACUUUUCAGUAUUCAGUGAAUAGAGGUUCCUAGGUAACUUUGCAAAUGCUCCGUAAUUUCAUAUGGUUGUAUUGCAUUUCAUACAGUAUACAAAGGUAUUUUUUGGCGAGAGAGAGCUUCUCCUUUAAUAGCACAGGGCAGGCACAGGCAACAUUGCUGCUCCAGCUGCCAGCUAAACUGUCAGGAUGCUGAGGCUGUCAUUCACAAGCAGCUGGAGUGACAAUGGUUCCUACUUCCUGGGUUCUCCAGUGUCCACAAAUAGCAAAUUAUUCUAUACUAACCUGGGUACAACUUAUAUUAUUGUGAAUGUAUGAUGUAAAAAUAUAUAGACCUGAAUACGUGUAUACACACUGUGUUUGUGUACCUAUAUAUAUUUAUAAAUAUGCCUAAAACCCACAACAAAGCACCAACACAAAAGUAUAUAUUGUUAGCCUGACUUGUUGGCAAAAGGAUGUAAACUGAUAGUGACUUUGAUCUUGUUGGUGACGAGCUCUCCUGUAGAUACACUUUAGCCAUGGACCUCACCAGCAGGAAAUACACCCACCUUCUUCCCAUUUGUGGUUAUUCACUUUUAUAUUUUACUCAUAUUCAUUUUGCUAUGCAUUCCUCCCCUCCUGGGGUUCUGUUGCACAACAUUGGUAGCCCAUUAUUUGGUGUGACUGAAUAAAUCCGGCACAAGCAGCCUGGAUUGGGCUAACAUAUAAGAUACGUCUUAAUAUUUCAUCUUGCUUUUCUCUGUUUGGGGUGAGGUGAGCCAUUAAAACUAGUAUAGAAUAGCUAUUACAAAUACAAAUAAUACAGUUGUGCAAUAAUUGUGCCAGGGUCUAUGCACUCCCUGCACAUAUGCGUAGGCAGUUGUGCGCAUGCAUCACGUGCCUUUGCUCUACAUGUAAAUGAAUGUGUGUUGUACAGCCAAAAGAGAGGAGGUGCUUAGAUAAAUGUGUGUAGAGAUGCCUUUGUCUGUGAAGUUCUCUUAAACAUGUUUGCUUACUACAGCCCAAUAUGUAGAACUGAAAUUGAUUGACUUAGAAAAUAAAUGUAUGUUUUUAAUGCUG